AACAAUUUUCUCACUGCUCGGUUUAGUUUUACGCUGUAGAGUUUUUCGCAACCAAUAUUUUACUAUAAAAAAGUGUUUUUAAUUAAUAAAAAUUACUGCGUAUUGUAAUCUAAGUUGUAAAGUGCCACAAUUAAGAAAAUAUUAUUGAAAAAUGUGAGAGAUAUUGGUGAAAAAUGUGUUUGAAAAAUAUGUGAUCCGAAGAAAGUCUCAAAGUGGGUGAAGAAAAAAAUGUGAAAAGAUUUUCGCUAGCAGUAAAAGUGGCAGUAGAAAAGAAAAACCAGCAAAAACGAGAAAGCCACGAGCAAUAGCUGGUAUUGUGAGUGGCAAGUGAAGUGGAUACGCACCUGUCUGAAGUCAAUGCCUCCAAAGGGGCUUUGCAUUGCUUGCAUACUACUAUUCUCUAUAGCCUCAAUAGAUGGGGUGCUCGAAUGGCCAAUCGAGGAAUACAUUUGUAACCUGUACGGAAUAGUACAGCAUACAGAGUAUGAUGAGGCAAUAACAAGAGGUUGUGAGUAGUGGUAAACCCUUAUUUGUAGGAACUACAAGAUGUUUACGAAAAAGUCGCAUGCGGAUAUAAAAAAGUCCACGGGAAAAUUUCAAGAUUGUAAAAAGGAUUCAGCAUCCCGCUUGCGUCACUUACGUACAAUUUUAGAUAAUGUUGACCAAGAAGAGGCAAAAUCAUUAUUCGAAACGAACUAUAGUCACGUUUAUUUUAUACUCUACGAUACCUUCAUACAAGCGGAGGCAAACUUAAAGCAAAAAGAGCUUCCGUUUCAUAUUGUACACAAAGCACAUCGUGAGGAAUUGGAUGGCUCAUUAUGGCUGCUCGAGAAAAUACUUUGCUGGCUGCCAGAGCUGCUGGCGCGCCGCUGGCAAUGCCACUCGCUCAGUCGCAUCAUGGCCAAAUUGCUGCAUUUGGGAAAUUCGCCAAAAUUGAGGCGCGAGGGCGUGCGCUAUUUCCUAUUAUGGUACCAGGCGCUGGGUGAAAAUGCACCCUCCUAUGUGCAUUCAAUGUAUGCGGAUCUGAUACCAGGUUUGAUUGUGCCGCAGAAGGGCAUUAUUGGCCCGGACCUGGAGUUUAGUGCGACUGAUUUUCUCAAUCAUCCCAAUAUGAAAGUCGAUGGCGGCACUACAUCGGUUUUUCAUGAUACUUUUUCGCAUCCUGUACAAAAUUCCGAGCUUGUGGCACUACUGCCACCCUCAUCGAACGAGAAGUCGGCGCCACCCGAUCCACGUGAUGGUCUCGAGAUUCUUCUCAACAGUAUGUUGCAGACGGUGGCCUGUCUGCGCUGGCGCGACAAUCGUUCACAAAAGGAGCACAAAGCGUUUGCAUUUUUGUUACAGCGUUUCAAGGAUAUUUUCCUACCAGUCUUCUGUCCAAACUUCGAUUUCACUAUGUCCGUGUACGAACCACGUCUCGAGUUGCCCACAAUGCGUUCGGUGAAUAAGAAGGAGGAGGUGAUGUCCUCAUGUGUAGUGGUGCUGAUUAACUGGAUUUCCCAUUUUACGCACGAGCGCACGAUGAAUCAUCGCCUCGAUAAUAUGCACAUCAACGAAGGACAUCGCCUGCGCGCCUAUCAACAGAGUUUGAUUGUGCGCGACGUGUUGUAUGCGACGCGUGAAAAUAUAAACUUUGUGCAUGAGGUCUAUCGGCAGGCGUUUCUGUUGAAUUUUACAACGAAGUCGCAAAUCGAUGCGAUACGCACCGCAAUUGCUGUGUACCGCGAUUGGAUGACCGGCACCACACCGCCGCAGUUUCUGCUCGAGCCGGAUGACAAUAGCAAUGGCAACGCGGUGCUGGCGAACAAUAGCUCGGCUGGCAGCACACCGCGUAGUCAACGCUUGCGCACACCUUCCUACGUCGGUGCUAUGUGCAAGGAGAAUGUAGCGGUACGCGCUGGCCUGCAAAAUGUGCUGCAGAUAUUCGUCACAAAUGCAGCGAAUGUAUUUCUCGUCAACACCAGUCAUCUGAACAUUUAUUUUCCGACAAAAUCACGCGAUUACCGCUCAACGCCGCUCCAUGAGCAGACUGAGGUGUGCAAGAAGGUGUUGAAUGUGUACCGCACAAUGGUGAUGAAUACGCGCAUGGAACCGAAAACUUGGGAACAGCUGUUGCUAGUCUUACUGCAGGUAACCUCGAUUGUGUUGCAUCAGAAUCCGACUGGCUCGAAGAGUUCCAGUCUGGGCGGCAUACUUGGUCAGGCCAUUUUCCAAACCCUAAUUGUGACUUGGAUACGCGCGCACACCAAUGUGCCCGUUAACGUGCAACUAUGGGAAAAAUUUCUCGCCGUGCUCGCUUCACUAACGUACCGCGAUGAGUUGAUUAUCGAGUGGGAUAAAACAAUACAAACGCUCACGCGUGUGUUUUCGCGUUACGUGUAUGCGUUGAACCUGCAGGAUCUUCCGUUGGACCGGCUGGCCGAAAGCAAAGGCAAGCGUCGUCGUAUCGGCAGCGUAUGGCAGCAGUCGGGCGGCUCGGCGGUGAGUACCAUGAAAGAGAGUCGUGAUCGUGACAAUGUUGCCGAACGUGAGCGUGAAUCGAACAGCAGUCGCUCCGACGAACAAUCUAAUGCAGGCGGCGGUGGUGGCCACUUGCACACGCAUCAGCAUUCGCUAAGUAGCGGCGGACACGUUAUACACACGCAAGGCGGUGCGACAUUGCGCUCGGGGCAUGCCGCCGCUGUACUAACUCCGCUGCUGAGUCGCAGCUAUAGUGAGGGCAGUUUGGCUUCGGUAGCGCGCAAUUCGCGCAUGCGCGGCCGACGUCAACGGAACACGCAGAAGAUCGCGGGCGCAAUACCAACAGCGCUGCCCACAAAUGUUGAACAUUCGCUGAGCGCUAUGCUGUCACAACAGUCGACGACAGAGUUGUCGCUCAGCUCGGAGACAUUGAGUGCGCGUCGCUUUGCUGGAGGCGCACACGCGCACACAAUACAGCAACACAACGAUAUGCGACGCGCCAUGUCGCUAGAUUCGGUAGCGAAUUUCGGCGCUCGGCAACGCGGCCGCAAGCGUCGCCAACGUUGCUCCACUCAGGGUGACGACGAUGAAGAUCUACUCGAUGGCGAAGAUAACGAAAGUGGUGCGGAUUCGCGUAGUCCAUCGCCUACGGCAAGCAGUGGCAUCGAAGGUAGCUCUAUUAAGGACGCCCAAAUGCAAAUCGAUGUGUUGGCGGUGGAUAGCGGCAGCUUGGAGGAGGGCAGUUCGGGUAGUUUUCUCGGCUCCGAGCGACGCUCGAUAAUACUUGGCGGCACGGCCACUGGCUGGUUGCCCGACUCAACGGCUAUCAUGUGGAAGCGCAUGCUGGGCGCACUCGGUGAUGUGAAUCGCAUACCCAAAGCUGAGUUGCACGCACAAGUGUUUAAGCAUCUACUCGACAUGACUACGAAUCUGCUGAAGAUCAAGCAAAAUCAGGGCAUUUCCACGGACAAUCAAAGUACACCGGCGCCACCCACACUUGUGCCACCUAUCGGGAUAGUUGCACCUUGGUGCUAUGGCGCACUCGAAUUGGAUAAAUCAUUCAAGAAGGGCAAGCUAUUAUCGCUACAGCUGCUCUGUUCUUUGGCCGUACACGGCGCGGUCUCGGGCAUGCACCAUUUGCCCAUUUUCUACCACGCAUUACACAAACUACUCACUGGCGAAGACCGCGAUUUGAUUUAUGCGAUUCUAAAACAUCUGGAGGGACCACGUUUCCUAAGCCUGCUGCUACCCGGUCACACACUACUACUACUGGACAUCGUGCACGCAUCAGCGAUACUACUAACCUCGCUCGAAGCGAAUCGCACUACUCCGCGCGCUGAGGUGGCUUCUUUGCUUGGUUCGCUGCUCUGUUAUCCACCAACACUGAUACCACGUCCGGUACUGCAACCGUCACCACAAAUAUUCGAACUGAUGGAAUGUCCGGAUCUACAGGACCACAUCUUAAAUAUUGUAUUGCGCUGUGCGCGCCGCGAGCCCUCCGCCAAAGCACGUUGCAUAGCGCUCUCGCAGCUCGGUCAGUGGAUUUUGCUGAAGCUUUCGCAACCAUUGCAAUCGAAUGGGCGCUCGCGUGGCUAUUUUCAGCAAGCCAUUCCACAUCCGCCUGGCGUGCAACCGCGCGACAUACAGCACAAUGCGCAUUUUAAUCCACGUGUGCGCGAAGCGCUGCAGGUGCUACUGCAAGCUUUGCAAUUCAAACAUCGCACCAUUGCAAUUGUGGCGGUAGACGCUUUGAAAUUGUGCGCUGAGCGCGGACGUGAGCUGGCGGCUAUUGAACGCAUGCCACAACUGAUUAUCACCGCGAUAUGCAAGGCACUUGAAAUACAACAUGUCACGAACCCAAAGGACUCUGACAAGGUUGUGCUGACUUCGCUAAUGCUCUGCCUGGGUGAAUACUGUAUGGCUUUCCCCGCGUCGCUGAUGCUAGCGCCGCUCAAUGAACGCGGCGAUACGUUGAUAUUAUUCGUGUUGCGUGUGUUGAUGCAAAUCGCUUCGGGCGCGCCAAGACACGAACGCGUCAAGCUGACCGCAGACGAUGACUUCGAUACGCACAUCUCCAGCGAUGACCUACAGUCGGAUGGAAAACUGCCCGAGGCGAACUACCAGACAUCGGAGACGAUACAGACGUGUAUCAGCGCGAUCAAGAUGUGCGCUAAGGCUAUUGCCAUGCAUUUGGUCACACAUUUGGGACACUUUCCUAUGGGCAUUGGUGCCUCAAGGCUAAGUUCGAUGGUCGAGGAACAGGACGAUGUAACAACGAAUACGAGCGCUGGCGCACCAAGCGGUGGUAGCGGCGGCGGUGCUGAUGCGCGCCGCGACUCUGUUGACUUACCAUCGGUGUUGCAUGCGCAGAAUAUGCAGCUAUUCAUGCUGAGUUCCGGCUUGGUGGCGAGUUUCAUUGAACUUCCCGCGCUAAAGUUACCCGGUGGUGGGGCGACGGCUGGUCUGAUAACGGCUGAGAAGCAAGUGCGUGUGUUGCUGCGCGAUUUGAACGGGAAAGCGUGCUGGGAUGCAUCCAUACUGUACAGUGAACCGCGAAAGAGCUUCAAGUACCUUACCAGCGAUAGUGCAGCUUCAGCGCUAAACGCCGGUAGUAUUGCAAGUGGGGAGCGCGCAGCAGAUAGCAUGCAACGCAGCUUCAAUACAACACCGCAACAUCGAAACAUGUCGCAACCAAUGGAUUCGCUGAUAUCCUCCAUGAUUGGGUUGGAUGUAUUGGCGCCACGCCACACUCUGCGACACCGACCAGCGGGCGAGUUGCCGCUAGCUAAGGAUCUUGCACCCGAUCUCGAUCAACUAGACGAUCUUUUGGCCUAUAUCGGUCACACCAGUCCCGAAUGUUUAACCAAUCCACUGGCACAGCUCAAUAUGCCCGGUCCCAGUCCGCUGGGCAGCAGCUUGGAGGCACAAACUAUUUCCAUCAUCCUCAAUCAACGCGCACUCGAACAGGAGUAUGUCUCUAAUUUGAAUCAGCAAGCGCUACAAAGCGGCUCUAGUAACGCUUCGUUGCUACACCACCAUCACGAUCAGCGAUCUAUUCAUUCAGCCGAACAAGCUUCACAUGCCUCAUUCGAGUCGUACAACACAACCAGUCUCACAGGCCGCACUGAGAUACCCUUCCAAUAUUGUCGUUUACUAUUCUCUCACCUCGGCAUGGCUGGCUGGGAGCGACGCUCGCGCACACAUCUACUGCAGCGCACCGAAAAACUAUUGCGCGAACUGCGCAAUGUCGAUCAGCAGCGUUGUCGCGAGACACACAAAAUGGCAGUGAUUUAUGUGGCUUCUGGCCAAGAAGACAAAAGUAGCAUACUGAGCAAUGGCAGCGGCAGCAGCACCUAUGAGAUGUUCGUUUCGGCGCUUGGCUGGGAAAUCGAUUUGGAAACACACAUCGGCUUUCUCGGCGGUUUGCCGCGUCAAGGUUGUGGCGCCACUGCGCCCUACUAUGCAACACCCUUCCUGGAGGUGAUCUAUCAUGUGGCCACACGAAUGCCUUCCGAUUCGCCCGAAAACUUGCUGCUAAAAACACGUCACUUGGGCAAUGAUGAGGUGCAUAUCGUAUGGAGCGAACAUUACCGCGAUUAUCGACGCGAUAUAUUGCCGACAGAGUUUUGUGAUGUACUGAUUGUGGUGUAUCCGCUGAAGAAUGGCUUGUUCCGUGUGACGGUGAAUCGCAAACCGGAGGUGCCGUGGUUCGGCCCACUGGCCAACGAAAGUGUUGUAAGUGGCGCUUGUCUAGCCACGCUGAUACGUACCACAGCAAUCAAUGCGAGUCGUGCCAAACGCGCUGCUAUGCCGCUCUUCCAACAAUAUUACGAAGAACGUAAUCGCUCUUUAGAGAGUGUUUCGUCGCGCUACAAGGAGAGCACCACGUUUGAAGAUUUUGCCAAUCGCAUCUACAAUCCGAUGCCAUUGUCAACGUAUGCCACACUGCGUGAUAGCGGCGCUGCUGCGCCAUUGGCUGCUGCAUUGAUCGAUCACCACCGCUCGUCUAUUAAAGGUUGGGUUCAAGCUUCCAUUGAUUCCAAUACAAAGGAGCUACUGCACACCGGACUUGCGCCUUCCGCUUCAGCCACCACCACCGCCGCUAUGGAAGCGGCAACAAACAGCUCAUCAUCACCUCGCGGCGCACGCAAAUUGGGUGCGCCCUUCAAAAAUGUGAGCGUGCCGAAGAAGAGCGCAUUGCAAACGAACAGCACACCACCGGAGAGUCCAACAUUACCGUUGCGACGAUUCAAAUAAUGCGUAUAACUCCUUAGUUACUAAUACGAACUGAGCUACAAUUAAAAAAAAAUUUAAAAAAAAAAAAAACGAAAAGUAUGAAAUGUUGAAGAGCAAGCCAAGAGAGGAGAGUGAGUGCUGCUGUAGGCCAGCGGUGACCUUGCGCUCAAUUGGUAGGCUUGUUUUGUUUGUUAACUUUUGUUUUAUGUAGGCGAAGCUUUUGCCUACAUUUUUCCCUUGUGGUUCUUAAUUGAAAAACGUAAUUAUAUACAUUUAUAUGGGAACGACAUUGAAAAGUACGUCACAAAUUAGGUGAAAAUAUUAUUAUUUUUAAAUUAAAUACCCGUAUGCGUGUGUAAGUAUUUGCUGUGGUCGACUGUGGCGCAUUUCAUUAACGAUUAGGUACAAUAGCACUUUAAAUUUUAGUCGCAAAAACUAAAAUAAAAAAAGAAAUUCACACAAAAGUA